AUGGCGACCAACAUUACUCAUCAUGCAGGCAUCACCUACUCUGAGCGAUCUUCAGCUCUAGGCGUUGCGGGCUCGACGCUUUGGUUCACUGGUCUCUCAGCAUCCGGCAAGUCCACCAUCGCAGUAGCACUCGAGAACAGGCUGAUCAGGAGCGGAAGGAACAGCUUCAGGUUGGAUGGAGACAAUAUCCGGUUUGGUUUGAACAGGGAUUUGGGCUUCAGUCCAAAGGACAGGGAAGAAAAUAUCAGGAGAAUCGCAGAGGUGAGUUGAGUGUAGAGAGCGCAUACACGCAAAUUCGCUAUCAGCUCAAGCGGUGCAGGUGUGGGCACGCAACGAGCACUCGUGCAUGAGCAUUCUGACUCGCAUUCGCUCCCAAACCCCCCAUACGCGAUGUCAUCGUCGUACCCCAGGUGUCUCUGCUCUUCGCGUCCAGCUGCGCAGUUAUCAUUACCUCCUUCAUCUCGCCCUACGCUGCCGACCGAGACCUGGCUAGAUCUCUGCAUGCAAAGCACGAUCCUCCCCUCCCUUUCAUCGAGGUUUUCGUCGAUGCUUCUGUAGAGGAAUGCGAAAAGAGGGAUCCCAAGGGCCUGUACAAGAAAGCUAGGGCUGGAGAGAUCAAAGGUGAGCAGAUAAGGUGGGGUAGGACGGGGACAGCCGUUCCUGAAAAGUCAUUGGGCAUGUAUCCAAGCUGCCACCUCAUAAAUCGUAGACUCUCGCUUACUUGGUCGCUUCAUCACAAUCGCAGAAUUCACCGGCAUCUCUGCUCCGUACGAAGCGCCUCAGAAGCCGGAGAUCCACAUCAAGGCCGGCGCUACAUCGGUGGACGAGGCGGUGGAGCAGGUCGUUCAGUACUUGGUCAAGAAUGACAUCAUUCCUCCCGAGAACUAG